AAGAUCAAGCAAGAGUCACUGCCUUUGCCAAAGUAGCUGUCCAGUUGUCUCUCCCAGUGAAGGAGUUAUAUACAGCAGUGCUCACUCCCUCCUUCACUUCCUGGGUGGAGCUGGCGCUGGGGAGAGGCAAAAAAAACGCUUUAAAACCUCCAAGCCUGCAGUCAGCAAGUCCUAGCAGGAGUGGUAAAAUUACAGCCUUUCCUGCAGAGGAAGAAAGACGGGCCAGCUGGCUUCAGGGCGGCAGCAGCAGCAGCAGCAGGAGCCGCGGCAAUCGGAGCACAGCCGUCUUGGGAUCUCCCAGUCCCGGUGCUGGAUUUGACCCAGGUCUCUACAGCGUGCCACAUUCCUGAGAGCUCCGGGUGCUUUUUGACUUUGGCAACCCUCGCGCCACUUGCUUUGCCAAGGAAGGUUCCUUGGAAUCCAACCGGAGAGACCGGGUGUCGACCUGCCCAGGCGAGGAUGGCCAUUCGGGCGGAUGUGGUGGGCUGCCAAGGGUAAACCCGGGCGCAUCCGGCAUCCUUGCGUAUGGGCGGCAUUGGUGCCAGGCAGCCCCUGCGAAGCCGGCGGUGAGUCUCUUGUCACCUCUGUGCAUCAGCAGCCCAGAAAGCCAAGCCGGUUCAAGCAGCAAGUUGUCCGUCUGGGGUGGAGAGGGAAAGUCGCUUCAUAUUUAGAGGGACUUGGUGGUCCAUUGCGACUCCGGCUUCCGUAGGAAACAGCCUACUUUGUCAGAUGCAGGCGCAGGAGGCUUAAGGAAGCACUGAAAGACUAUCGAGAAACCCCAGCUGAGAAAGGCGGGGGGAUUUAUAUUUUUAAUUUGGUCGCUGAGCUUAAGAGCAAAAGCCAAAAGGUGGGAGGGAGUAUGAAGAUGUUGGUUUCACGGAGCUGCCGGAGGAAAGGCGGCUCUCCGGGUGCGGCGGGGGCCCACGGCGUGCGGCGGGCCGUGGGCUGGGUCUUCCUCCUGCUGCUCGCCCUAGAACACCUCUGCUGUGCCCUGGCCUUCUCCACUUGCAAGACUCUGGACAUGGAGAUGAUGAAACGCAAGCGGAUCGAGGCCAUCCGGGGCCAGAUCCUCAGCAAGCUCAAGCUGUCCAGCCCUCCCGAGGUGGAAGACGCCGAGUCGCGGGAGUUGUCCGACGACGUCCUGGCGCUCUACAACAGCACCGUAGAGGUGAUCAAGGAGAUAAUGUCCGAAGACCCCAAGGAGACGUCACAGGAAGAGUACUACGCCAAGGAGGUGCACAGGUUCAACAUGCUGCCACCCAACGACGAAAGCUACAGGGAUUACAAGAGGAGUGACUACAGUGUCUACUUUGGCUUCAACAUAUCGCAGAUCCGGACUGCUCUCCACGAUCCCAACUUGCUGUACCGCGCUGAGCUGAGAAUGCGCGCCUCUGGUCCAGAUCAGCGGCUGGAGCUUUACCAGCAACAGCGACACUCCAUCAACACCACCACCUGGUACUACCUGGACGGGCGCAUGGUUAAGUUGAAGGGCGAGAAGGAAUGGCUUUCAUUCGACGUCACCGCUGACCUCCGAGUGUGGCUUGCUAGUAAAGAGCCCCUGGGAAGAUUCCGCCUGAGCGCCCAUUGUUCCUGUGAGAGCAGCCCUGAGCAACUGAAAGUGGAGAUAGAAGGGACUAAAGCCAAGAGAGGCGACCAGCAGCAGAUCAGCUUGGCAACAAUGCAGUCGCCUUACUUGCUGGUGAUGGCCAUGCCCCCUGAGCGCGCAGAGCUCCUGCAAAGUCACCGGCAUAAGCGAUCCAUCCAGGACGUGAACUACUGUGGCCAGUCGCCAGAGGAGAAGAACUGUUGCGUGCAGCGCCUUUACAUCGACUUCCGUAAAGACCUGAAAUGGAAGUGGAUCCACCAACCCCAGGGCUACUACGCCAACUUCUGCAUGGGGGCCUGUCCCUACCUCUGGAGUUUAGACACUCAGUACACCAAGGUCCUAUCUCUUUACAACCUACACAACCCAUCUGCCUCAGCCACGCCCUGCUGCGUCCCAAAGGAGCUUGCGCCCUUAGGAAUCAUGUACUACGUCGGCCGUCAAUACAAGGUGGAAAAUCUCUCCAACAUGAUUGUCAAAUCAUGUCGAUGUAGCUGAGGGAAAGGACUCACGGACUUGGAACAUUGAUUCUGGGCGGGUUGGAAUUUUGAAAAAGCCGGGUGGGAGAAGAGUCCGGGACUGGAGCUGAGAAGAAGAGACAGACAGACAGACAGACAGACUGCCCUGUCCACCUUCGUAAAACCUCAUGCCUUUAAAAAAAAGGGGGGGCUUUAAAAAGAAACCUAAUUCAGUGAGAUUUAUUAUUAUUAAUAAUAAUAUUUUAUUUUAUUUGUAAAUUUAUGUUUUGGGGUUACGUGGAAAAUCUUGAAUUCUUUUUAAUUAUUUUGCUUCAAAUGUCGAGAGAAUUAUAAUUAUUGUAAGAAUAAUAUUAGUCAUUUCUUAAACAAAACGAAACAGAAAGGUGUCCUACCCACCCACCUCUACCCCUCCUGCAAUAAAAUAUGCAUUGGAAGAAGAAUAAGAAGAAGAAUCUGGGACUUGGAUUUUGAACACGGGCGGAAGCCAGUGACAGGCGUCCCCUCCAAGAAGCUCUUUGCAAGACGGAGGGAAAGUCUGGUUGGGGUCAAGACACAUAAAAGGGAUUUGAAAGGCACCGGGUGCCGUGUUUUUGGAAGAAUGCCCAGCUGAGAUUCCGAUUGGCCCUCGGGAUGGUACGAAAGGGCCCAAGCUUCCUGCAGGUGCCGGGAUCGCCGGACGAUGCCGCGGUCACCUGAAGGGAUUUCCCAGGCCUUUGCCCCGCAAAGAAGAUGGCGGAAGGGAAGACGUUCCUACUUCCCACCAACCAACCUCACAGAGCUCAGGGACUGUCUGGCCCUCCGUGUGGCCUGUGCUCGAACUCUGUCCUCCGGCCCCUUUGUGGAAGACAGCUCAAGUCAUAGCUACCGUCCGUUCUACGUGAAGGCGUCUCUUGCCCCCGUGCAGGACGAGGCAGAGAACGAGCGAAACGCAGGGUAAGGUUCCUGUGGGGCAAGUGACUCCGCCCACUAUACCUGGCUCCGCCUUCUGGCCAUUUGGCCCCGCCUCCUCAGCCAGAAGAUCCACCACCUGCUGGCUUUCCUGUUGAUAGGUGAGGGUGCAGGAGCCGGAAGGGGCAAUGCAGACUGGAUUUCUGGUCGUGGGAGCGAUUUUUGCACUCGUUCAAUGCUAGGUCAAAUGCCAGCA